AUGCACGACUAUUUUUUGAGGACCAAAUUUAAUCUUCUGAACAGCGGACUUUUCAACAACCUCUACAGAAAUGGUUCCAAGUAUAGAAGUGAUGAAGGGGGAAAAAACCCGGACGUGGGGAGACCUUCGAAUUCGUUUAGCACCGACACACACCUUCCCGACAGGGGGAACAAAGAACUAAAUGAUCAGCUGAUUUAUUCGUACUACAACAACUUUUCGAAUGAGAGGGGCGCGCACGCGCAGCAAGAAAGAAGCGGCACACACGGUGGAGGUGGAAAACACAACCCCAGCGGAAGUGACCGCUCCAGAAGUGACCAUUCCAGAAGUGACAAUUCCAGAAGUGACCAUUCCAGAAUUGACCAUUCCAGAAGUAACCGCUCCCAAAUCGAGCGUGGCAAGGGCGAGCACCCCGACCUGAGCGGGCUGUACGACGGUGCUGGCGGGAACUUCGACAAAGGCAACUGCAACAUGCACCUGGACGGACGCGGAAAGGCCUUCCUGGACUACCGGCCGUAUGGCCACAAGAACGAGGAAAUGCUCUGCGUGGAAAACACCAGUCAAGUGAUCAACGAGGAAGCCUUUUUUUACGAAGAAUUUAAAAAGCUAAAAAACGAUGUCAUGGCACUACAAAUUAUGAACGUCAACCUCCAAAAACAAGUGUUAGCGAACCACACCAUGAUGGGCCCGUCCAAGGUGGUUCCGCAGCACAUAAUAAUUAACAACAAAACGGAAGUGGCCUCCAAUGCUAUCAGCCAAAUUCAGGACAACAAGAAAAAAAGCAACGGGGUUUUAUACAUGCUGCUGAAGAAGCUGCUAAGCAGUAGGCUGACGCAAAUGUUUUUCGUGUCGUCUUUUUUCAUUUCCAUAUAUUUGUUUAACAAGCACUGGCAGCGCGUCCUGAAGGUGUCCCAACUGGAGAGGCGCAUAAACUCCAAUUUCAUCCUCAGGAGCGUGCGUAUGUUUGAGGAGACCCUGGGCAUGCGCAAGUUCAGCUACGCGUAG